AUGGACAAGCUUCAACGAUUUGCCUGCAUGGGCAUAAUUGGAGCUUUCAGAACCACUCCAACAUUGGCAAUGGAGGCCAUACUGGGACUGGCGCCUCCACAUCUCUUUGUGGAGGCACGGGCUCGGGAGGCCUCAGUCAGACUCAACGAUUGGGGACAGUGGACUCAAGGGGGGGGAAACUCAGGGCAUGCAAGGGCCUGGACUGAGACUAUCAACCGGGACCCCCUUCUCACAAGAAGAGAUGCAAUGCCAAAGACGUCUAUCCAGGCUUUCUCAAACCGGAAGGGCUCAUCUGGUAUACAGACGGGUCUUUAA